AUGGGUGGUGGUGGUAAUAGUGGUAUCGGCGUCAUUGGUGUUUUUUUGUUCCGGGAAACUCCAACCUGCUGGUAUUUCAAGCGGAUAUUGCCCAUAUCAACGGAGGUUUUGCAGUAUUUCCCCAACGGUAGCCUUUGGGCAACCACAGGAUUGAGGUUGAGGACGUGCGCCACAAAGCUUCCCAUCGAACCCUCGAGCUUCUCGUGGGUGAUUGAAGCGCCGUUGCCGUUGAUCUUUGCCGCAGGAGGCUUCUCGGAAACGGCGUCGAUGAGCUGCCUCGGCAGUCUUGAGCUCGUCGCGGAGGAGCGGCGUAAACAGGCUAGACUCGAGCAGCGACGCCUGCAGCUUCCACUCGGGCAUGGCCGAGAACAGGGGCGUCUCUUUGAGAAUCCCGACAUAGGGCUCGAACUUGGCCCCAGACAAGACCUCCACAACGGCACUCCCGACAGCCCUGACCUUGCUUCCCCGGCCACGCACGUUGAGCGCGGCGACGCCGUCAAUGGAAUGUAG